UGAUUUUUAUAUUAUAAUUUUAAUAUAAUAACCAGUUUUUCAAGAAAUAUUUUAGAAAGAAAUAUAAUUUCUUACCGUAAUUUUUACUACAAUCAUUUUCUCCGUGUAGAAAUGUGUGUCCAUGUAUAUUAUUUGUAGUAGAUUUAAGAAUCUCAAUCCAUUAAGAGGAAUAAUGGUAGAAGCAAUUCUGUAUAAUAAUAAUUCUAUAUAAUAAUAUCUGAGAAUAUACUUCCGUCUUCGUUUAAAUUAUAGUACACGAGAAUAUUUCCACGUGAAAAAACUUGAAUGGAAUUAAAUUCGUUAAUUUUGUCGGUAAACUGCAUUUUCAGUCGAGAAACUCCACUAAAGGUAAGACUAGUCGCCAACCUUUCUCUCUCUCUCUCCCUCUCUCUCUUUCUCUGUCGUGCCACUCACGUUUACAAGAUUGUCAAGAGAUUUACACUUUUGAAAAGGCACUUUAUAUGUUAGCACUCGUCGAGACCUAAAGGGCCACCCAAUACUGUUGACGAACACGCGACAUUUCGAGGGUGCAUCUCGAGAAGAAACCGUAAACUAUCGAUCUCCGUUGUUGCGAAAGUCCCACUCUCUUCUUCGGCGACACAAAGAGAGCUUCGUUACCGAGAUUAUCGAGUCUACAUCCUCAAAAUAAGCGACGUUCCCCUCGUUGUGUGCUCACACAUAAAACAUAAAACGCGGCGUAGCGAGAGACGAGCUUCCCAGAAUCUCCGCGAUCCGAAUCGGAUGUUAUUUCAUCGGCAACGGAUUAAUUUACAUGCGUCGAUUGCGCCGUAAUUCGUCAUAUUUCCUUUAUUUCAUUCCAUUCGCGUGCGCCGACGUAAUCCCCCGCAUAGCACGUUCUCGGCUGUGCAUGCAUGCCACGAUAACAAACGUUCUGAUAAACCUGCGCACUCGUUUCCUUCCUUAUAUGUAUAUUUGUCGCGAGAUACUUGUUUACGUUCACGGACGAACGUCGUGUGAAACCAUAGGGUAAUUUUGUACACCUCUGUGUUGUAAUUUCAAGCCAUGACAAUGUUUAUUUUUCCUUUCCGGCGUGCACACGUGUAUUCGUUAGAGCAACAUGUUGCGGCUGAGCCUCAGCCCGAGUUCAGGGAAAAUCGCGAGUCGCCACGUGGUAGCGUUAAGGAGAGCGAACCUCUUGAACACGUGCCUUCGUCUGCGCCGACUGCAAGGAUCACCAUCGAGAGUAACACGGAGGCGCCGUUAGGAUGGAGUUCGAGAAGCCCCUUGAACAAACCAGAGAACCCCGUGCACGACACGAAUUCCGUUCUCGAUACAGUCGCGCUCUUCCACAAGCAUCGGCAUGCCCGUGGCAGAGACGCGACUACCGGGUCCCUUCAUAGUACUCUCAGCGUUCACACGACCGCGAUCGAGCAAACCUACAUGGCGGAGGAAUGCGACGAGAACGACUAUCAUCUCGAUCUGGACUCCUACAAGCCCGUGCAACCGAUCAAAUACGAUCAUGCAGUCACACUGUUCCCCGUUGCCGCGCCACAUACCGGCAUGAAUCUUCAUCUACUGCAGGUGCUGCAUCAUGGCACGACUUUGGUGCACUGGGACUGCGAGGGCGGCACCUCGAGGACGGCGUUGGUGUUCGCGCGCGUUGAUCGUGCCUGCGGCACCUUCAUAUGGGAAAAGCCGACCUGGAGUCCCAUGAAAACGGCGCAUUCCGGCGCAUUCGGCGGUUCCGCUCUCACGGAUUUUUCGUUGAGUGUGAAGCCGGAGGACACGAUGCCAGCGGGCCUAAUCAGCAGGUACACGCAACUGCAGGCUGACUGCGCCUCCGUCACCUUGGAGGAAGGAUACCUGGACCUGGGAUCGGUGAAGGAGAUAACGAUUGGCUGCUGCGACCGCGACCGAGAGGCCGAUCUCAGGAGCAUCUGCAAGAGAUACGGCCUACCCGGCUCCGACUCCUGUAUCGGCCUCAUGUAUGGAUCCAGCCUGCCGGACAAUCGACUGAUCUUCCUACUCUGCCCUCCUGCUCUUAACAAAAUAUGGUAUAUGGGAUUGUGUUGGAUACUGCGAGGCCUCAAACGACAGCAACAGCUAACGGAUCGUAGAUCACGCUGGUUGAAGGACAAGUAUCUUCAGUUGUACUUCGAGGAGAACGGCUCGAGCCCGAUCACGGCCGACGCUAUACGCAUUUUCGGCGGUCGCGACUGGUCGGCUCUGACGGAAAGCGCCGGCACGCUCUCGCCGACGAGCGGUAGCACUUCGCGCAGACGAAACGUCAAAGGCAAGAAGACCAAAUCGAUCGGCAACAUCCACGGCUUGACCAAGGACCUCAGUCAGAAACAGUACGACUCUUCGGACGGUCUAUCGACUCUGCGUCACAUCGCGGGUAGCAGAGAGUCCCUCACAAGGGUCAUACCGGCGUCACCGCGAGCGAGCAGAGACCGAAUUCCACCCCGUAGCCCGCCCGGUUCGGCUGAGCGUGUUGUCUCUUCCAAUCUGCCUUACUCCACUUUUCAAAGUUUGUUAUGUGUUGCCAGAGAAAAGGACAAGAACGGAGCGACUGGUAUAGUAUCGGGAGCGGAGGCUCCUUGGCAGAUGAAAGCGCAACACACUUCGAUCAUGUACGAGACACAAUUGAGCUUCGUGGAGUUCGUGGCGCUUUUCCGCUCAUUCAGCUUACGGGCCCGGAAAGAUUUGAAGGAGUUGUUCAGCCAGUUAGCGAUUACGUGUCGCAGUCAGAGCGACGGCUCAUUGAGGGAUUUUAGCAUGCGACCAGCGGUGCUCAGGCAGGCCAGCGACGCCACUCCGCAGAGAAUCGGUUUGUUGACAAGGAACAACUCCAUUGACUCUAACGAAUACAAGACGAACGUGAAUCUGCAGAAGAAGCAGAUCUUCGACGCUGUGGCGGCAUCGAGCAUAGUCGAUAACUGCUCCGGCGUCGAGACAUCGAAAUCCCAAGUGAUCACCUUGGCGACAUUCACGAAAUUCUUGGAGUCCCGGCAGCAAGAGAAACUAAACGACGACAACAUCAAGGCGUUGAUCAAGAGGCACGAACCGGACCCGGCGCUUCGCACACAGUGGUGUUUGUCUUUCGAGGGUUUUGCGCGGUAUAUGAUGGACAAGGACAAUUAUGCCUUUCCGAACGAAUACGCGACACCAUCCGAGGCUGAGAUGCAGCAGCCGCUGUCGCAAUAUUACAUCGCCAGCUCGCACAAUACUUAUUUGACCGGGCAUCAGCUCAAAGGGGAAUCAUCCGUGCAAUUAUAUUCACAGGUUCUCUUAACGGGAUGUCGCUGCGUGGAGCUCGAUUGUUGGGACGGUGACGACGGAUCUCCAUUGAUUUAUCACGGUCACACAUUCACCACCAAGAUACCGUUCCGAUCGGUCGUAGAAGCGAUCGAUCGAAGCGCGUUCGUCAGCUCCCCCUACCCCGUGAUCCUUUCCAUCGAAAAUCACUGCUCGCCGAAUCAGCAAGCUCGCAUGGCCCAAAUAUUUCAGUCCGUUUUCGGCGAGAAAUUGGUGACGAAGUUCCUCUUCGAGACCGACUUUAGCGACGACCCGCAGCUACCGUCGCCUUCGCAGCUCCGUUACCGUAUCCUGAUCAAGAACAAGAAGCUGGUGGUCGACCCUACCGGACCCUUGUCGCACACGCCCCUCAGUCACCGCGGGAAGAUGCUGAUGUCGGAUCGCGCGUCCUCGAUGAAGCAGAUGCGGACCGACGUGAGCAGCACGUCGGUCGUCGAGUACUUCAGCGAGGAUGACGACGACGAAGAGGAUGACGACGAGGACGACAAUAUCGACGAUAACUCGAUCUCGAGUUACGAGAGAUACCUGGGCAGCAGCCAAGUACCGCAAAGCCGCUUUAAAUCGGACCCGGCGGUGGAUGACAAAUCGCAGAAGCAAAGCAGUCAGAUAGCCAAGGAGCUGUCGGACCUGGUGAUCUAUCUACAGGCGAUUAAAUUCCGCGGAUUGAACACCACGCCCGGCACGGCGGUGCCGGGGAAGACCAGGUGCCACCAGUCGCACACGGGACCGGUCCAGAGACACAGCAUCGCCGGUAUAGGAACCAGCAGUAUAGCUUCCUCCUCGGGAUCGCCACAGUCGCUCUCGACGUCCGCCUCGAUCGCGAGCGGCGGCAGCAAUAUAGAAAAUCUCUUCAGAUCUACUCGCGGAGUGCCAGCCUGCUUCCAAUGUUCGUCUCUGAACGAGAGCACGGCGAAGAAGAUUUGCAGGAAGCAGCCGCUAGGAGUAGUCGCCCAUGCGGAAACCCAACUUAUUCGAACUUACCCCGCAGGAAUGCGCAUCGACUCCACAAAUUUCAAUCCUGUCAUAUUCUGGGCCUUCGGGAUUCAAAUGGUCGCGUUGAAUUAUCAGACCGAUGACACGGGAUUGAAUCUGAAUGCAGCCAUGUUCGAGCAAAAUGGCCAAUGCGGAUACGUUAGGAAACCUUCGGUGAUGUGGGACAAAGGACACAUGAUGUACAGGCGGUUUAACCCAUGGGACAAAGAGUUCGACGGGCUGCACUCGGCACACUUGAGUCUGUCAAUAGUCUCGGGACAAUAUGUCUCAUCGACCAACUUCCUCACCAGUACGUAUGUCGAGGUCGAACUGGUUGGUAUACCGAUCGACUGCGCGAAACACAAAACAAAAGUAAUACAGAACAACGCGGUGAAUCCAAUCUGGAACGAGAAGUUUUGCUUCCAAGUGAUGUUCAAAGACCUUGCCUUCCUGCGCUUCGGCGUGGUCGAGGCGAGCUCGCAUCAUCUGAUCGCGCAGCGCGUGAUACCGCUCAAAUGUCUACGACCUGGUUACCGACACGUGCGACUACGCUCUUGCAAGAACAAACCACUGGCUCUGUCCACGCUGUUCAUCUAUUCGCGAAUGGAGGAAGAGAGCCUGGACUACAACACCUGCUGCCGCGAUCACAAGGAGUCGUCGAAGCGUCUCUCGUCGGGCAAAGAGCCCGACAAACUCAGCACCGUCGAUUCCGGUCUGAGUGGUGUCACUUUGAAGAGACGAAUGUUCUUCUUAAUGGUCUACCACGUGAUUCCGGAGGAGCCUUACACCAUCCUCAAAGUAACUCAAGAGAGCACCACGCAAGAGGUGAUGCUGCAGGCGUUGCAAAAGGCAGGAAUAUCGCCUAACCACGUGGACGAUUAUAUUUUGGUGGAAGAGGUGUUCCGCGGCUGGGAGAAGAGAGACAGGGAGGAACUACCGACUCAACGCAUGUUGGACCUUACGGAGCAUCCGCUUCAGGCGCAGGCCCAGUGGAAAGGCCAAGGUCGUUUCCUUCUGAAACGAGUAGGUACCGACCCGAGCAGCAGAGCGUGGUUGGCCUCCAUCAGAAGCACGGCCGGUCAUUCGAAGUUCAACGACUCAAAUUCAAGGGACCAACCCACUCACAUAUGGGACGAGGCGGACACCUUCCUCGUUUGCAUCUAUAACGUGUCACCCGAGAUCCCUUACGCAAUUUUACGAGUGCCAGUGAGCGCCUCAGCACAAGACGUGCUGGCGCAAGCUCUAGUGAAGGCUCGGAGAAUGGAGGACCCAAUGAAAUUCGCCCUGGUCGAGGAACUGGAGUGGGGAGGCGCGGGUGCCGUAGGCAGUGGAAAUCGUCAGAUGAGGGUGUUACGCGAUGACGAGAACGUUUACAGUACGCAGGCGUUCUGGAAGACUCUCGGCAGGUUCAUCUUGAGAGAACGAGAACAGGCCAUCCCGAGGAUGCGACACCUCCUGCCCGCGACUCUCGACAGACUCAGCAAGGGAUUCUCCGUGGGCAGAUCGGUGUCACUGCCGGGAUCCAGCAAGGAAAAGGUGCCGGUUUCGGGAGUACUGUCCGACCCGACAUCGAGAGGUUUGAGAUACCGACUACCAGGACGAUGGCAGAUGUCGGGACGCAGACACCGCGAGGUUCACUCCGACGGCGAAGACACUCGCGAGUCCGACAUACUGAACGCCGCUCUACACCUGAAGAAAGUGUCGUUAAGGAAACUGUCAGUUUGGAAGUCAUAGUGGCAGUCAAGGGCGACGUCGAUAUCAUCGAUCUUCGCCGCUCGGAGAAGCCAAUUGUAAGCACUGUAGUCCAGUUAUUCGGUCAGAAUCUAGUCCUGAUGAAUCUAGUCUUGCUCUUGUAAAAACGACUCUAUACCGAUCCUGUCGAGUUGCAGUCUCGGGUAUGAUUUGGGUAGGGAAGUCAAGAGAUAUCGCGCCGCAUCACAACGUUCGAAAAAGUUGCAUAAUCAGUAGGUCUUUUGAAACAAGAAAUACCUCGACUAUCGACGAGACACGAUUGGUAUAGUCCACGAUUACCAAAGAAAUACUAGACCGAGCGCUUUUGUAUCAUCGAGACUACGCGACGACAUUGAACGUGAGCGAAUAUGAUCUCCGGAAUAUAGCAGACGAGUAGUUUCUUCAGGGAUCAGGGAGAUCCUUCGGAAGACAUCAAUAUCCGAGAAUAACAUUGAAACUCGAUUACGAUCAGCCGCGCGAUACUCUAGCAAAAGCCAGCUUCGGGCAUAGUCACCAAAGUUGCCGUAGAGUCAACGUCAGCAGGCUAAAAGCUUCCAGCAAGAAAGACGGGAAAGACACCGCGAUGAAGACCAUCACCGCUAAAAUCGUUUUCAGGAAUUUUUUAAAGGUCUCAAUACGUAGCAUGUCUGUCCUGCAGCAGCUGGUAACGAUCGCACAAUCAUUAAGUGGCAAAGUGACGAUUCUUCAGUCCCCUUAAUUUCGUCGAACCGGCACGACCGUCAUCGUAGAAUGUCAAACGGGAGUUCAUUUCACGUAGCGUGGCAAUAAAUUCAUGGCAGACCGGCUGCUUGUCUGAUCGGCGCGCUGGCGCGUCGGAAAAAAGUUAGUGCCACGUCGCGGCUGAUUUUAUUAUUUUUGUACAACGAAUAACAAUCGCAGGUGGAUCGCGGCCGCGAGAGAGCGAGCCCGCGAUCCAUCUCCGACGGGCGAUCGCUCGUGAUCUCUAAAGAAGAAACUUUGCCAAAACGACAUUCUAAUAAGUGAUCUAAGAUCAGCGACGUUCGCGUGUAGACGUAUUUAUCGGAAGUGCUUCCCGUAAGAGCGUAUUUCCGUUCGAAAAACGUCGGAACAAGCCGUCUACCCGCUCGACACCGUGUAUCCGGAGGAAUUCGCAGCUUCACGCGAUUUCCCAUCUCUGUAAAGGCAAAAAUACCAAUUCUCGGACAUGUAUCUAAUUCUGAGCGUUCUGGUCACUUCAAUUGUUUUUAAACGCAAAUAUUUAAACUCUCAACACAAAAUACAUGUAUAUACUCAAUAUGCACGGAGAGAAUUUUAUAGUAAAAAUUAUUAUAAAAGUUUGUAGCCAAGCAACAGAUCGACAUUUUGUCGUAAUUGACUAUCCUUUCAACUUAUUUAUGCUACUUAUGUAUUUUAAAAAUUGACAUAUAUAUUAUCUAAAAAAUUGGCUAUAGUUCUAGCGAAAUUUAACAUACUUUAUCUGGCUAGAAGAACGACUCUGAGACUCAACUAAAAAAGUUUCCUGAAGAAGUGAACCGGAAUGUUCACGGAACGUCGAAAACAAAUCCAGAAUGCUUGGCGCGUUAACACAAGAAUAUAAUUCUUAUUUUCUUGCAUACAUUAAAAUCUUUAUUUUCUUCUUAUUAAAUGACAAAAAAGAUCCAAGAUUAUUCAAGAAUUUCUCAAGAUUAUUCAAUAUUAUAUUUCUAAAAAUUUUUUUUAAAUAGAUAUAUAAUAUUAACUAUUAAAAAAAAGAUUCAGUACCAAACAGGAAGCUAGACUAAACAUUUCAAAUUGGUCAGAUAAAAUAUCAUUAAAAUAUCCUUCUGGUCGAAGAGAAUACUUUUUCUCAAAUUUACUAUGUUCCUUAGCAAGGUACCUUACUGACAGUCUAUUCCUACACUGCUAAAGACACAGUAUAAUUGAAAAGAAUUUAUGUGAAAGAAAACUAUAAUAUUCUGUCUCUCUCUCUCUUCGUGUAUAUACAUAUACUAGACGCGAAAAGUUUGAUUAUUUGUAUUCAAAGACUAAGACAAUAAGAAAGUCCAGGAUUAAAUAGGGGUCCAGGCAUUGGUACUCUUACCUCAUUUCUCUAUCAUUUGCGCCCAAUGUCGUCUUUAUCAUUUCUUCAACGUCGUACCUGAAGUUUUACAUUGAUACGAGUUAGGCUUUCGCGCGAAAGCCUUGCGACAAAGUUAUAUAUCGCUGUUAUCGUUCUCCACUUCGUUCACACUCUACUCAACGUUAACGAACGAUCGUUUUCUGUUUCUUCGUCUGAUCGAUCAUGUGAUAAAGGAACUCGAGUAGAAUCCGACGAGGGAACGUCGUAAAGUAUAUUCGGCAGUUGCUAACGUAAAGACCAUAUUUACUAUAUAUUGUUAACGCUAGAGGGUAGAUCGAUGUUGCAUUCUCGAUUACCGUCCCUCUCUCCUAACUGUUUUAGCGAACGUAUAUACAUAUAAUAUAUAUAUAUACAUAUAUUAUAUAUAACGUAGAUUGUAAAUACGAGACCAAGGGGUGUCGGAUGGAGAAAUUCGCGUUCGAGUGUGUGCUAUGCUAUAAUCGCGCUGUUCAAUUAUUUUUUCACGCGAGAAAGAACGCGGACGCGCCUCUCGUGCUCGACGAGCGUCCGAAGCCGGCAGCCUAAUUUUUCCGAAGCUAAUUUCGCUAUUUUUAACGUUAAUUAAAUAACGACAAACAAGUAACGGAAUCACACGUCGCACGCCAGUGAGGUCGCGAAUAGCCUUGCCCCGUCUUCCACGUGAGUCGUUUUAGGUAUAUUUUAUAUAUUUUCGAAACGCCCCCAACGCCCUCGCUGACUGAUUUUUUAGAAGCUGUGUACACGAUCGAUCGACACGAAAACGCCGGGACCCUUUAAUGCCCCCAAAACCGGAAAGAUCUAUCCGACACGCGAAUAUCAUAUCCCACCCCCUAAGAUGCUUCGCGACGUCACUGGGGGGGACUCUGUAUAUUUUUGGAUACUACUUCCUUCGCGCUGGUGUUUCACACCCCUCGUCUCUCCGCAAAUUACAUAAUCACAUAUCUCCACGAGAGACCAAUGAAAACAAACAUGCAGACGGAAAUAAAAGAGAUAAGGGCCGGACACACACGCAGGCCAACUAUAUUUAUACGCAUAUCCCUAAGAAUAGUGUGAGGAAGAGGGAGAUGAAGAGGCACAGAAGAGAAAAGAAGCAAAAGAAAUGUCGUUCGAUAAAAAAAAAUUUCCGUAGAGAUCGACACGCAAACCUGAGCGCCGUAUCUGCUAACGAUAAGAACGCGAUCGAAAAUUGGCAUUAGUAGCAGUCCCGCGAUGUCGAAUCACCGAGAACACACAAGAACAUACGAGAUAACAUACGGGGCCGAACGUGUUUGCAAUUCAUGUGUUUGCAAUCUCGAGUCGUAAUCAUCGUACCGUAAGUCAUCCUCGCAGAUAAAGCGCAGAUCGAGCUAUCCAACGCUAAUUUGAUCUGACGAUCGCCGUAUCUACUAGCGCAAUGGACAAUACUGCGAGCGUCAUAAAGUGCGACCACAUACGCGUGUCGCAUCCUAGAAAAUGCAUCACUCGCUGCCCACUCGAUAAACCCUCGAAAUAUUUCUACAUUUAUUAAGGAGAAAGAGGGAAAUGUCAGGAUGCCUCUCGAUUAGCGCGCAUACCUCGCCAUUACACAAUCUCUCUUCUCUUCUUCUUACACGAUCUAUCUUUUCUCUUUUUGUUCUCGAAAGAUGCUCGCAUUCACGGGAGCCUAAGAAUACAUUAGAGUCCCGUUUUAAUGGGUUAAUGUGUAAAUCAAUUCGACCGUCUUGUUUACGAGCGAACGGCCGCGAUGCAAAUUGAAAUUCCCCGAGCGUCGACGACAGAAGAACCGAGUUCGCGAGUUGCGAACUCGGCGAGUACAACACAAGUAUAUGUAUAUGUGUUUAUAUAUAUACAUAUAUAUAUACAUGUAUUUUGCGCAGUAAAAAGCAGCAAUUAGAAACCAGAGCAAACUGUAUCCCAGUAAAUACGCCGUAGCAGUAUUUCUUUUAUAUAUAUGUAAAGACAAAGAGAGAGAGAGAGAGAGAGAAAGGAAGAAAGUGCACACAGAAAAAUGCAUACUGCAUCCAAGUAAGUGUUACUUGUUUCAAGUAUUCCGUAAGUUUAUAUACCUCCAAAUCUAUCAUAAUUUAUUAUUUUAUUUAUCACAUUUGUAUUAAAUCUAUAAAUUUUUAUUCCAAAUAUAUUCCAAAUCUAACAUUUUAAUGAAGAAUGUUAAAUUCGAUUUGCUUAUAACAUUGUAUCGAGUCAACUUUCGAUAUUUUUGUAAAGAGUAUAAUUCUUUCGAGUAUUGACACGAUAAUUGACUUUUCUCAAGUUUGUGAUGAGUAUAUUCUCAAUCUUACCUAUUGAAUCAAGAAAAUAUUCUUUGUUGAAGCUAACCCGUUACUUGAAAGAGGGGAAGUAAACUGAACGAUCGCAUUUCUUGGCAGUGGAAUGAUAUUUUUCUGCGCGCAGCGUCUUGCGGAGAAUGUCAUGUACAUAGGCAGUAACGAACAAUGGCUACUAAUAACGAUAAUUAAUUACUGUAAUUAAUAUUCGACGCUCCUUGGACCUCCGGCUAAACCCCCCGCAUCGUGAGAAUCAUCGAUUAUACGAACGGACGAGGGUCUUAUCGGGCGUUACUUUUCGGUUGCAACCGGUGACCGUUCGUCGUCGUGCCGCCGCAGAACGUUGCAACGAGCUGGUGUGAGAUUGAUAAAUUCGCGUCCGGAAAGCGUGGACGCCUCGUCGAAGAUCUGGGUCGCCCGCGGAACCAAUUAAAAUCGCUAGUUUCCCUGGUUACUGCGAUUCGAUCCUGUCGCGAUGCACGCUAAUUAAUUAAUCAAUCGUAUUUUUAUUUCUUCACAUGAGAAUCAAAUUAACACAUAUGUAACGUAAAUACAAUACAUCAUUAAAUCGCGUGUAUCAACGUUGUCUCGUAGCAGAAAUAUCGCGGAGUAAAUUUACGGUAACGAUGAGAUAUCUUACGUCAGAGAUAAUCAUGUAAUUGUAUCGUCGACUACAUUGCCGCCAUCGGCAUAGUAGCGUCGAAUUAAUUACUUCAGCUUCGUGCUUUACUUUGACAAUUUGUUCGGGAAGAAGCGAUGUAUAUUAUUUGACGUUUAAAUCAAUACGCGCGAGACUCGUUUUGUUCUACGAUGUGAAGCGCGACAAAUGAUAGAAUUUUACCGUCAAAGCCGACCGCGAAGAUUGCAUUUCCCCGACGAAUAAAACGUGUCCCACGGUACUCCUCGCAUUGUGUUGCAUUGGGAGAAGAUUACUUGGAGAUUUGUUUAAAGUGAUUAUAUAUCAUAUCACAUAUAAUAUCAUGUAGUUCGUACGAGGUUUAUUCACAGAAAUAAACUUUAUAUCCCACAAAUGAAUCUUUCAGUAUUUUUUCUCAGUGUAACAAAUACAAAAUCGUCGAGAACGUACAACACACGCGUCCCUUCCUACCGAAGUUCUCCCCGGAAAUUCGACAACGUCCACGCUCGGCGGACCGACUUUCUUCCCUUCCCUCUUCGUGGCCGAAGAGCUCGUUGGACGCAUCUGGAGGGUGACUGUACCGCGUAAUGAGCGGGACGCGCGCGCGCGCACGAAACGACUACUUCUUAAUAUUUUUGGGACCACUCUGAUUAAGGAUUCUAUCGAGCGAGCUCCCACGAGGAGCCGAAUCUACGUAAACGAUGCAGUAUUAAGGCUCCUUCUUCCUCUCCUCUCCGUCGGUCGCGAACGGCACGGACGAAGGAAAGGGAGAGGGAGGCGACGGAGAAGCGCGGAGAGACCGACAGGAGCACGACAGAGAUCGAACGAUGAACUGUCCUCGAGGAGGUCGUGCGAGAAGCCAAAAAGAAAUGAAAGGAAGAAAAAGAAAAUGCUUAAACGCGCCGGGCAUAUCCCUAACUGUACAUAUCCGUGAUUCUUCGGUAGCUGUUACGUUAAUUACGAGAAACGCGCGCGUAUAUAUAAUAUAUAUAUAUAUAUAUAUAUAUAUAUAAAUAUAUAAAUAUAUAAUUGUGCGCACACAUACAUACACGCAUACGUGUUACUCUCGUAGAAGAGGCCGUCGAGCCGAUACGUUGCAUUUUUGUACGGGGCGUGUUUCGAAGCCAAAGAAGAAAAACAAAAGAAAUAAAUCUAAACAAACUAUCUUCGAUUGAGAAAAAGGGAAAGAGAGAGAGAGAGAGAGAAAGAGCGCGCGCGAGAGAGAGGAAAAAAGAGAGAAAGGGGGAGAGGAGAAGUAUGAUACAAGUUAGUAGACGACGAGACGAAACGAUUGAAAGAGCAAAAGGAGAUGAAGGAGGUGAGAAAAAAGGGAAAGGAGGAAAAUAAAUUAAUUAAACGCGUUCCCGCCGCGCGCGGUCGGGCUGGCCCGAUUACCUCGCCGGUGCGUGGAUCCUCUUUAAUCGAACUAUAAUACGAUACGUCUCUCUUUUUUCAUAAGUGUAAAACUUUAUCAUAUACGUAACGCGUUUAUCUUGUAAGCGGUUGCUGCCCGCGUUUCUCGUCGACGGCUUUAUUCCCCGGCUCAUCGUCAAUAAAAUGUAUAAUCAUUGUACGAGCGUGUUGGCAAAACAAAAAAAAAAGAAUAAAAAUAAUAAUUACGUAAAUUGUAUACGCGAGUUAUAGCGGAACGACGUGCGGUAAUUAGUCGAAUCGCCGAAAGUUAAAGUGUCUGUCGAAAGGAAUACCCUCGCGAUCAUCGGGGCUAGUUGUGCAAUUGAUGCGUUUUCUCACUUGCUUCCAGAUCGAUCGUCACCUCGCAAUGAUAUUUCGCGCGUUACACACGAUUGACUAAAUCGCAUUAAAGAAGAAAGAAUGGAAGGGAAAAGACAGCACGAAAGGUGUUACGUAAGAAGAACAUUUUGUUGUCGCUGGGGUAUUUUCUUGGAAUACUUGCUAUUGAUCUCGAUUCGUUCGACUCCGAAUAACAAUAUAUAAUUAAUAAUUUCAAUUAUUAUAAUAAUUACAAUAAUUUCGUCCCUGGCGUCACUUUUCGUUCACUCACUAAUUCAUGAUAAUCAGAAUCGUUGAUGCCGUUCUUAAUGAAUAAACUUGGAACAAAAAGCUGUUAUCUCAUCGCAAGCAAAGCAAAACCCACCGUGAAACUUUCACCGACGCGAUGCUUGAAGUGACAGAAAUUUCUUUGUAAACUUUGUCAUAGAACUGAAUAUUCUACGAUUAUUUUAAGGCGUCGCGAUUGCGUAACGAUUAUGCUGCUUCACAAGAGAGCAACGCGAACGUAAAGGACCGAGGCAAAAGGCAAAAGCAUAAAGAAAAAGAAAGAAACGAGAUCAUGUUACCGCUAAAAAAAAGCAGGAAAAACUAUUCUCCUAGGUGCGCGUAUGCAGUACGCCGUAGUAUGACUUUUCGUCGCAUUCGAACGACAAUUAUUGCAAAAUAAAGAAAGGAUUAUACGAGUAGCAGCUAACGUUAAAAUAGAGAAUUCUCUUUGGCAUUAUUAUAUAAAAUAAACACUCGAGUAGCCUCCGUUCUCGUGUUGUCGAAGAACAAAAAAGAGAAGCAUGUAAUAUCCGUUAAACAAAUAAAAAGAAGCAUGCGAUCGUCUUGCAACUCUUAUAGCGAAUUUACCAUUACAAUAAUAUAUUAAUACUAUUGACAUAUUGUUGAGAAAAAGGAUCUCCAUGUAAAUAAACAUAAAGAGCAUUUUUAUAAAUAAU